AUGGUCUCAUGUAACUCUUAUCUUCGAACCAUAACAACCCUAACCAUGUGUGUCUAUUUCUACCCUAAAGUGCAAAUAAUGCAUAUUAUUCCAGUAUUCGGAUGUUUCGUUUGUUUCGUCAUUCUUCCCAACAUCGCAUCAUUCAACAUCAGUGAACGCGACGUCGAGAAAAUAGUAGAACGACAGACGCAUCUGCUUGAAAAUUCAUGCAAAUUUCUGUGGACUGAUCCAUUCGAUUCGACUUUGAAAAAAUAUCUGCGAUACCCCAAAAAAGUUUCUUGUACAAGCAAAAAUACUCAUUUAUUUGAUAUUAUCGAAGAAACUGGAGAAUUUGUUUACAAAUCAAACAAAACUGUAAAUUGUACAGUUGAAGAGUUAACUGGAAGCCUGAGACCGAACGCUGCUUCUUUUUAUGUUUCUCGAAAGGAUCAGUUCGCACCCGAAAAUGACCAAUACUUUUGGAUAAAUGCUGAUAAUUUCUUAUUAUCCUGUUUCGACAACUCCGUUCUCGUUUAUGAGCAACCAUUCACUGGAUUCAAACACGCCGACAUCGAACGCUUGGUGAUAAAAGGCUAG